GUGUAUGACGCGCGUGAAUGUUGGGUGUAGUGGACUCCGUGAAGUGGCAUAUCGUAGCAACCAGUGACUAGAAAGCAAGCUUUUAACGGUACAAGAGAGUAAAGUGUGGGUGUCUUCACGGCGAGACGUAAGGUCGCCGCCAUGCCGUCGCUGACGUCACUGAACAAGUACAACCGGGCAGCGCUGCGCGUGACGGUGGCGCAGAUCUGCCAGACGCUCGGCUGGCAGAGCGCCUCGUCCGUGGCGCUGGACGUGCUGGUGGACGUCAUGCAGAACUACCUGCUGGAGCUGGCCAAGAUGACCGGGCGAUACGCCAACCAGUUCGACCGCACGCUGGCGAACCUGGACGACCUGGGCCUGGCGCUGCGCGAGCUGGGCGUGCCGGUGGCCGAGCUGGAGGAGUACGUGGCCACGGUGGAGCCGGCGCCGUUCCCGCAGCGGGUGCCGCGUCUGCCCGUGCCGCGCUCCACCAACCUGAGCUUCCUCAAGCCCGGCAGCCAGGAGAUCGUGACGCGGCCUAUUCACAUCUACGAGCACCUGCCGCCCAUGCACCCGGAGACGGCCGAGGAGGAGCUGAACGACUCGCAGCCGGCGGAGUCGUCGAGCGGCCGGUCGGUGACCGGCGCAGGCUGCCAGUCCAGGCCUGAAGCGGCCUGGUGGUUCGCCGCCGAGGAGGAGGGCAGACCAAUGCGGGAGAUUCUCAGCGUCAUGAUGACCACCUCCGGCUUCAUCUCGCCGGCGCGCGAGGGCAAGCUGCCCGAGACGCGCCUGCCGGAGCCGCUGGACGACUACGGCGACGACUACCGCAACGUUAAGACGCGCAAGCAGCGCGCCGACACCUACCGCCGCCUCUCGGAGCGCGAGAGCGAGCGGCGCAACCGUGACCGAGACCGUGAGCGCUGGCUGCGCGAGGACGACCUGUUCGACAUCAUUGACGUCAAGGUGGAGGAGGAGGAGACGAGCGCCGGCGCCAGCCCCGAGAAGCUGCCCACCGUCAAGGAGACGGCCAAGCUGAAGCCCUUCAAGAAACACGUCAAGGCAGAAUCGACGCCAUCGAAGGGUUCGGCCGCCCACGCGCCGCCGGCCACCGUCUCCCCGAGAGGCAAGGCUAUUGAUGACCGGGCCAGGCUCAAAAAGAAGAAGAAGCUGAAGCCCGUGGAAGGAAAGAGCAGUAAGCUGUCCAUUUUUAAGAAGAUUGCCAAGUCCAAGCAGGGAAAAUCAUCAGACCGGCCAUCCACGUCGGGCAUUGAUUUUCUGAAAAAGAAAGCGAAGAAAAAAGUGCCGCCGACAAACCGCACUCCUACAAAGUCGAGCGACACCAGGCCCCCAAAGCCGCCAGACCGCUCGCCUUUGAAAUCGACCGACCACGCAGCGUCCAAGUCGGCCGAGCAUCCAUCGUCGAAGGCGGUGGAGCGCGCGCCAACCAAGGGCGCUGAGCGCGCGCCGGCCAAGGCGGCCGACCGCGGCGCGUCCAAGCACGUCGACCGGUCGCCACCGAAGGCGGCGGAGCGGGCGCCGGUGCGGCCCCGCUCGCCGUCGCUGGCUGACGAGCGGCGCGACAAGCCGCGCCCGCUGGCGGCGCGCCCGCUGGAUCCGCGCCGCAGCCCUUCAGACGCCUCGGACGGCUCGCGCUCGCCCACUCCCGACCUUAGCGGCAUGACGCCACUCAAGCGGCUGGAGAUGGCCGAGCGCGCCGAGAAGAAAAAGGAGAAAGAACAUAAGAAGAACAAGAAAGAUAAAAAGGACAAGAAGAAGAAGGAUAAAAAAGAUAAAGAAAAGAAGGAUCUCAAAACUGAUAAAAAGGAGAAGAAAAAGAAGGAAGAAAAGGACAAGAUUCCACCCAAAGCACCUGAGGUGCCGAAGCUGACGCUGCGCCUGGGCAGCCACGACUCCUCCAACAGCCGCUCGCCGACGCCCGAGGCGGCCGCGCCCAAACUGGUGAUAAAGCCAAUGCGGGAACAGGCGGAGCCGUCCGCCUCCGCGCCCGUCGGGAAACCGAGCAAGAAGGACAAGCCGGAGAAGAAGAAGGUGGAUGAGCCGCCUCCUGCGCUGCUCAAGCCACCCAAGAAAGAGAAGAAAAAGUCGCCGAGCGUGAAGCCCAAGAAGACGCCUCCCAAGGCGCAGCCAGCGGCUGUCAUCGCUGAGACCGUCGGCUCGUUCUUGGACAACGAAGGCAAUCGGAUCUGGAUAUGCCCCGAGUGCGGUCGCCAGGACGACGGCUCGCCGAUGAUUGGCUGCGACCGCUGCGACGACUGGUAUCAUUGGGUGUGCGUUGGCAUCCAAGUGCCUCCAGAUAAGAACGAAGACUGGUUCUGUCCACGCUGCAUAGCCAAGAAGCAGGAUAGCGUCAAACAAAAGGGCAAGGGAAGGGGCAAAAAGAAGUGAGCGGGAUGGCAACAGCGGGGCCUUCAUCAUGCAGCGUGCAUUACUCCAACCAUUCUCGUAAUGGAACGUCGUUUCGGUGAUGAAUUACCGCAACAUAUGGCGGGCUGCACAGUCAUCAACUUGCCUGCGGAGGCGUGGGCGAGCCGUUGUACGACUGAUUGUGGAAAAUGUCCCGUUGGUUCCGUACUUCGACCUUAAUAAGGUCUGCUAUGUUGACGAAUGUGUACUCGAAACAUUAAAAUGUUCUCGAUCCGC